AUGCCUACAGAACGCGGCAUCGCGGGGUCGGAGGUGGUGGGGCUUUUUACAAGUACUAAUUCGGGGAUAGGAGCCGACGGGCAAAUCACUCCAACCACAUAUAUGGCCUCCAACGAAGCUGUGCCCAAGACCUGCAAGGUCAUUCUGGCCGACACCAUCGCCAAGCGUCUCCUGGCUGAGGUUCAUGAGACCCUCGCCAAGGUGCAGGGCAAUGGCGCCUCCAAGCCCACUCUGGCGGCGUUCCUGGCAAACGACGAUCCGGCUGCGUUGCAGUAUGCUGAGUGGUCCAAGAAGACCUGCGUCGAAAACGGCUUCGACUUUGACCUGCGCCGUGUCGACAAGGAGCAGCUCGAGGAAAGAAUCACCGAGGCCAACGAGGACGACAAGGUCGACGGCAUCAUCGUCUACUACCCCAUCUUCCCGGGUAACCCCCUCCAGGACAAGUACAUCCAGGAGACCGUCUCCCUGGCAAAGGAUGUCGAGGGCCUCUGCCACCAGCACAUCUUCAACAUGUACCACAACGUCCGCUUCCUCGACCCCCCCGCGAACCUGAGAAAGUCCAUCCUCCCCUGCACGCCCCUCGCCGUCGUCAAGAUCCUCGAGCACCUCCAGAUCUACAACCCCAUCCUCGCCUACGGCAACCGCCUGUUCGGCAAGACAAUCACCGUCAUCAACCGCUCCGAGGUCAACGGCCGGCCCUUGGCCGCCCUGCUCGCCAACGACGGCGCCACGGUGUACUCGGUCGACAUUACCGGCGUCCAGCUCUUCACCCGCGGCAAGGGCAUCAAGCAGAUCCGCCACCAGGUCCAGAACAAGGAGGGCUGGGGCCUGGAGCAGGUCCUCCCCCUCAGCGAUGUCAUCAUCGGCGGCGUCCCCAGCGAGAAGUAUAAGAUCUCGACUGACCUUAUUCGCGAGGGUGCCGUCUGCAUCAACUUCUCCUCCCACCGCAACUUUGACGCGCCCACUGUCAAGGAGAAGGCGGCCAUCUAUGUCCCGUCAGUCGGCAAGGUCACGAUUGCGUGCCUUUUGAGAAACUUGGUGCGCCUUAUCGCCAACCGUCCCACGACCAAGGACAAUGGCAACGAAGAUGCCUCCACUGCGCAAGCUAGAAGCGAGGCGUUCACUGAGGGCUAA